AUGAAUUUAAUCAAAAGAAGAAAACUAAACAAAAUUCAUAAAACUAAAAAAAAUAUAGAAAAUCGUUAACAAGAUCCAUACAUUGGAGAGUAUUAUGAAGCACCAUCUUAUACAUUAGAUAAUAAAUACUUAUUAACUGGAUAUCGUAUUAACUAUAAUACUUUCUAACUUGCAUUAAGUAAAUAUCAAAUAAUAAUCUAAUCUAGAAAGUAUAUUUCAUUAACAUAAUGAAACUUGUAAUAUAUGGUCACAUUUGUUGCCUUUAUUCUUUUUUUUAGGUUUACUUAUUUAUUCUUAGAUUAAAUAGAUUGCCCCAUUUAUAUCUUUUAUGAAAGAAUAAGAAAAUCAUUAUUCUGAUAUAUAAUUAUGGCCACUAUAAUAUUGUUUGUUAUGUGCAAUCAUUUUAUUCACUAUUUCCACCAUUUAUCAUACUUUCUUUUGUGUGAAUAAAACUUUAAGUUGUGUACUUUUAAGAUUAGAUUAUGGGGGAAUUUGUUUAGUUGCAAGUGGAGGAAUAAUACCAGUAAUACAAUAUGGAUUCUAUUGUAAUCAAUAAAUUAAAGAUGUUUACACUAUCAUGAUUAUUCUACUUUGUUUUUUGACCUUUAUAUCAAGUCUAUUUGAUUAUAUGCACAAAGAAAGUUUUGUAGUAUAUAAAGCACUUAUUUAUGCCAUCUUUUUUACAUUGAUUUUUAUUCCAAUCUUUCAUUUAAUGAUAUUCAGCAGGUAAAAUUUAUUGGGAGGUCAUUUCCAUUUUUAUGACACUGAAAACUAUUUUAUGAUUAUGCUCUUUUUCUUAAUAUCAGGUAUAACAACAUAUGCUUCAAGGUUUCCUGAAAGAUGUUUUCCAAGAAAAUUUGAUAUCUUUGUAUAAUUGUUCUUUAUUCUAGAUCAAUAGUCAUACCAUUUGGCAUAUCUUUGUAGUCUUAUCCUAUUCAACUGCUUAUAUUAUGUCUCUUAAUAUGUACACAAUUAGAGAGAACUACAAAUGCACAUGA